AUGAAACACAAGGCAGAUAGACCUGUACCAGAAGAGGAGAGUGACAGUGAACACAAGUACAUUGUAUUAGUUAUCCAAAACACAAAGCAGAUAGACCUGUACCAGAAGAGAAAAAAACACAAGGCAGAAAGACCUGUACCAGAUGAAGAGAUGAAACACAAGGCAGAUAGACCUGUACCAGAAGAGGAGAGAAGAAGAGAGAAACACCUAGCAGAUAGUCCUGUAGCAGGAGAGGAGAGGAAACAUAAGGCAGAUAAACCUGUAGCAGAGAGGAGAGGUACCAGAAGAAGAGAAAAACACAGGGCAGAUAGACCUGCACCAGAAGAGGAGAGGAAACACAAGGCAGAUAGACCUGCACCAGAAGAGGAGAGGAAACACAAGGCAGAUAGACCUGUAGCAGAAGAGGAGAGGAAACACAAGACAGAUAGACCUGUACCAGAAGAGGAGAGAAACACAUAG